UUUAGUUCUGUUUUCAAUGCCAGAAAGCUGCCUCCUACAGGAAGUUUACCUGGAUUGCGCAUACCUCCUUUCCGUCACCAACUUGUCACCAACUUUCUGUCCUAGAUGGAUCCACAGGGCUCAUGUAGAUCUAGUCUGCCUCCUGUUUGUUAAUCAGACACAAGUGGGUCACCCCAAAUAUGCCAGAGCUCCCAGUCUGAUGUGGGAGUGGGGUGUGUGUGUCCACACACAUACACCAAGAUCAAGCAGUCUCAACAGAUGCAGUGUGAGGAGUAGUAAAGAAAAGUUAACUAAGGAAGACACCUGAAGGAGGUGGAUGUUGGCUGACUAGUGGCAGGAUCCGUGAAAUGCCUGGAGAUGACAGCCCUAGCUACAGGCCCAAGAGUUUGAAAGAAAAGAUGUUGUAACCCUAACCCUCAAGCCAAACUUCCUCUCCUAGCAAUGCUGGGGAGGAACCCAGGCUGGGGGAGAAGUUAAAGCCAGAGGAGAGGCAGGAAUGUCUGAAGUGGCAACACUUCUCUCCAGCCAGACAGCGCUGGCCAGUUUGGAGUCUGUUUAUCCUGCAGGCCACGGGCUCUGGAUGAGGAACUUAAGACACGUGACUAACCCCUGAUCAUUUCACCUAAAAGAGCAAGGACUAGUUUGACCUCCAGGCCAGUCCCUGAUCCCCGACUUAAUAAUGUCACAUUGCAAUGACGAUAUGUGUGGACAGCCUCUGGGGACAGCUGAUGCAGGAGGGAAAGGGACCUCAUGGGAGGCCCAGAAACAGCAGGGGUUUCAGUGGGAAGCCUCUGAAGGGUAAUAUAUACCUCUAUGGGGGCCUGGGACUGGGUGGGCUCCUGCUUCUGGCUGUGGUCCUUCUGUCCGUCUGCCUUUGUCGGCUGCAUCGCAGAGUAAAGAGGCUGGAGAGCAGCUGGCACCUUCUGUCCCAGCCCCAGGCCCAGCGCUCCUCGGAGCAGGAGCUCCACUAUGCGUCACUGCAGAGGCUGCCAGUGCCCAGCAGCCAGGGACCUGACCUCAGGGACAGAGAAGAGAGAGGCACCAAGGAGGAUCCCAGAACUGACUAUGCCUGCAUUGCUGAGAACAAACCCACCUGAGCACCCCAGACACGCCCCUCGACCCAGGCAAGAGGACAGGGUCACCCUGUGAUCCACCCAGUAAAGACCGUGGUCCCCCCACUUCUGUGUCUCAGUCCUCUCGGUCCAUCUCAAGCUUCCGUUCAAAAUGAUUAUCAUCAAAACUUCUGUGGCUUUUUGACCUUUGAAUAGGGAGUUUGUUAUGUAAAAAUUAAAAAAACAAAAACAAAAACGGAGUGGCUCACCCUCCCACCCAC